AUGAAAUGCCAUAUACCAGGACCGAAUGUAAAAGUUCUAGGAAGAACUAUACAUGCUUUGGCUAGAUUCGGUGAUGAAUUAUAUUUAGAAUCCCUUGUAGACUGUAUCGUUUUAAGAACUCUAAAUGCAGCUGAAAGUGCUUAUGCUAUGGUUAAAUUCAAUAAGAGUUUCUUUUCUUACUUCAAUUACAAUUUUUAUUCUACUGAAGAUAAUGAUGGGCUCAAAUGCAAAAUAUCUAUGAAAUCUGCUUUAAAUGCUUUCAAAUCCCCCACUCAUAUGGAUAAACAAGUUGAGAACCUCGAAAUAAAACUUGACCCAGAGUCAUGUAAAUUAAUAUUUCAAUUAAAAUGCAAACAUGGGAUUGUUAAAACACAUUUUGUUUGUAUAUUAGACUGCAAAGCUAUGCAAGCUGUGUACACCAAAGAUCUUGUACCAAACAGAAUAACAUCAUCCCAGAGAGUUCUGUCAGAAGCUCUAGGCAAUUUUCAACAUUCAGAUGACCAAAUAACAUUAGAAAUCUCUACUCAAUCACUUCUAAUGCGAAACUAUGUAGAUGCUAGCAUGGAUUUGUCAAAGAUUAUAAGAACACAAAUAUGUAUGAAACCCUCGGAAUUUGUUAGUUACAUUAUUGGAACUGAUACGACAAUCACUUUUACUCUUAAAGAAUUUCGAGCAUUAUUAGCUUUUGCUGAAGCCAUGAGUUUGCCAAUUCAAUUGCAUUUUGAAGUAACUGGUAAACCAGCAGUGUUUAUUAUACAUAAUGGUACCACUUUUGAGGCACAUUUUGUAUUAGCUACUUCCAAACCUGAUAUUGCUACUCCAGCAUCAACUCAAUAUAGUUCACGUACAGAAAAAAGAAAAGAAACUAAUACAACCCAACAAUCAGCAAAAAAGAAACCCCAUUUAGAUGUUGAUGUGGAAAAGUGCCUUGAAGAAGAUUCUCAUUUAUUUAAUUAUAUCGAUAUACCAGAAGAAAGUUUACAUGUAGAUAAAGUACCAGAAAAUGAUAAAUUUGGUCAAGAAAUGCUAUGUAUUGAAGAUAACAUGGACUGUGAUAAUAUACCUGCAUCACCAACUUCUCGAAUAAAAAUUAGAUCUGUUUUCAAAAGGUGCUUUGAAAGUACUUUUGACCCUAGAAGUAUACAACAAGCAGUAUUGGCUGAAAACUCUGAUAGUGAU